UCAAUCAAUCAGCUCUGAUCCAGUCGUCCAUUUUACCUCACAAAGCUGUCGUCUGUCUCUGUGAGAGACAACCGGAGACAAAAAGGCAGAACAGAGGAAAUUUGGAGACUCUGAGAUAAAAAAGACAAGAAAGGACAAAAGAGAAUACCACUGGAAAUAUUAGGACACAACGAGACAUAGGGAGACAAAACCAGCAUUUGAAGACAACGGGAGACAUUAGGCCAUGACAGAGUUCAACAAGAAGUGGCUGCUAACUGUGACUGUGUUCAGUCUGCUGCUCUGCUGUGACAUCAUCCACUGCACAGUGUUCAUGGACCCUCCUUCAGCCGGUCAGAUCCUUCACUCCACUAGGAGGCGCCGUGCUAAUGCCUUCCUGGAGGAGGUUUUACCUGGUGACCUCGAGAGGGAAUGUUAUGAGGAGAAAUGCUCCCAGGAGGAGGCACUAGAGAUAUUCCAGACCAGAGAGACUAUGUUGGAAUUCUGGUACAGAUACUCAAAUCUGAACCCCUGUGUCACCAACCCCUGUCUGAAUGGAGGCAUGUGCACCAUGGAGCGGGAAGACUUCCUGUGUCUGUGUCCUCCACAGUACCACGGCAGGCUCUGUGACUCAGUGCUGCUGAAGUGUCAGUACAGAAAUGGGGGCUGUGUGCAGUACUGCAGAGAUUUGCCAGGGGGUGCUGGAGUGCAGUGUGAUUGUGCUGAUGGAUUCAAACUGGAUGCUGAUGGACGGAGCUGCUCCAAGGCAGAGCAGUUCCCCUGCGGUCGUCAGAUGUUGUAUGCAUUGCAGCGAGGGCGUUCUCUAUUGGACAACACCACCCUGCGGACAGAGGACAACAGCACAUUGAGCUGGGACGCAUAUGCAAACUUGACAGAAAUGCAGGAUGAGUGGAUGACUGUGAACACCACAGGAAACAGCACAGCUCUGCAGGAAAAAACAUUUAGGAUUGUGGGUGGAGAUCUGGAGAGACCCGGGGGGAGUCCCUGGCAGGUUCUCGUCCAUAGGUCUGAUGGUUAUGGUUUCUGUGGUGGAACCCUGGUCUCUGAUCGUUGGGUCGUCUCAGCCGCCCACUGCUUUGAAGAUUUGGCAGAUUAUGUGACUAUAGGAGACUAUGAUUCAAAACGUCCUGACGAAGACGAGCAGCAGAUAAAGAUUCAAAAAGUCUUCAUUCAUCCUCACUUCCACUCCUUCACCUUCGACAGUGACAUUGCUCUGAUCCUUUUAGCUGAGCCUGUCAGCAAGGGGCCUACUGCCAUCCCUGCCUGUCUCCCUGACAACCACCUGUCCAAGUACCUGCUCAGGGAGGACACCUGGGGCGUGGCCUCUGGCUGGGGUCGUACUCGGUACCUGGGCAGGUCAUCCCGCUUCUUGAGGAAGGUGUCUCUCCCGGUGGUCAGUUACAGAGCAUGUGCUGCCUCCACUGAGCAGGUCAUCACAGACAACAUGUUCUGUGCGGGGUUCCUGGAUCAACCCAAAGACGCCUGCAGCGGUGACAGCGGUGGACCCUUUGUGGUUAAUUACCGAGACACUUGGUUCCUGACUGGAGUCAUCAGCUGGGGAGAAGGGUGUGCUGCUCACGGGAAGUUUGGAGUUUACACCAGACUAGGGAACUUCCUGACCUGGGUCAGAGAAACCAUGAGGAACACAGACCUGAAUAUCACCAGCAGCUGAGAGCAGAAGACUGAUGACGGAGACCCACCAGUGGAUUUAAGGCUGUCAACAAAAACAGAUCUGAACAUAGAAGAACUUUUCCAUUAAAGUUGGACAAAAGGACAGAGUUUAAAUUUAACCAAUUCUAAACUGUAGAGUACUUGUCAUGUGAUCAAUACACUCGGACAAUUUGCUGCUAAAUAUCUUUUUAUUUGGUGAAUAAUUAUUUUGUAAUAUAAUUUGUUAAUAAUAGACAAAUAAAACAUUAUGAAAUAACA